GAUGGCGGCGCCCACGCGGUUGUGUCACGUUUGGGUGGGGGCCGAGACCGGAGCUCUUAAAGGUGCUCGUGGCCUCCCUGGAUCGAUCCGUGAGCGUUUUCAGCACCGAGAAGGGAAAAUUCACCGGGGGGCGGCGCUGCCCGGGGGGGGGCGGGGCCUUCUGCGGGCUGGGGGUGCUCAGCAGCUCGGUGGUCACCGCGGUGGAGUCGGGGCUGGUUCGGGUCUGGGGGGAGCAGGAGGCUGAGGAGCCCCUGCAGGAGCUGCAGGCGGGGCCGGGGCUGUGCCGGAUGCGCCAGGACCCCUCCAGGCCUCACCUGGUGGGGACGGGGGGGAAGGAGAACGGCCUCAAGGUGUGGGACCUGCAGCGCCCCCAGGAGCCCCUGUUCCGGGCCAAGAACGUGAGGAACGAUUGGCUGGAUCUGCGCGUGCCCGUCUGGGAGCGGGACCUGCAGUUCCUGCCGGGGUCACAGCGCGUGGUCACCUGCACGGGGCAUGGCCAGCUCGGUGGUCGUGGGCAGCGCCCGGGGGGACGUGGCCGUGAUCGACCUGCGCAAAGGGCGGGUGCUGCGGGCACUGAAGGGGUUGGCAGGGGGGGUCCGGGGGCUGCAGUGCCACCCCCACCUGCCCCUGGUGGCCUCCGUGGGCCUCGAUCGCUUCCUGCGCCUGCACCGGCUGGACGGGCACCUGUGCCACAAGGUGUACCUGAAGUCGCGCCUCACCUGCCUCCUGCUGAACACACACCUGGACUGGGAGGCCCAGGAGGAGCCCCCUCCCCAAAAAGGGGUGAAGGACGAGGAGGGGGACGAGCUGUGGGACGCCCUGGAGUCCAUCCCCACCCCCAAAAAAGGCAAAAAAAGGAAAAUUUCGGAGCUUUGAGGGGUCCCAGGACCCCCCAGGACCCCCCCCCCGCUGUACAGAACGUCCAAAAUGAGGGAAAUAAACGGAAUUUUGGGGUUUUUGGAGAAAAAUUUGGGAAUUUUGUGUGAAAUUUGGGGCUGGGG